AUGACGGCAGUGAGUAGGGAAUGUCUGCGGGAAUUUACUAAUACUACUAUUAAAGAAGGAGCUCUGGUCAGGUCCCUGCUGAUGAUGAUGUUGGGACUCAUCCUCCUGAGAGCGGUGGCAGCCUGGAAAAUCCCCAAAGCAGGGGAUGCUGCUUCCCAAACAUCCAAGAAUUGCCCCUCUCCAGAGGAGAGCACUGUGACCCUGGACAUUAGCUCUCUCAAUAAAAACCAGGGCAACUCCAUUUCAUCAAACAUCAAUAACCGCUCCACCUCCCCCUGGGACUAUAGCAUCACCGAGGACCCAGGACGCUUCCCUUCUCCCAUCUCAGAGGCCCGGUGCAGGUCCCUCAGCUGCAUCAAUGCUGAUGGGAAGCCAAACAACUUUAUGAACUCUGUUCCCAUCCACCAGGAAAUACUGGUUCUCCGGAGAGAAGCCCGGAGCUGCUCCCUCUUCCGACUGGAGAAGAUACAGAUCACUGUUGGCUGUACCUGUGUCACCCCCCUUGUCCACCAUGUAGUCUGA